AUGGCUAAAAAUACAUCCAGUUCAGCCUUUCGUAAAAUCGAUAUAGAUCAAUAUAACGAAGACAACUUCAGAGAAGAUGAAGCAGAACAAUCAAUUCCCGCCGGACCUGAUGAAGGAGAAGUUUGUAAAUAUGUUGAUGCACUUAAGCAUGUAUUAACUAAUGCUCCAAUUGGCACUUCUAAUCAACAAGUAAAAGACAAUGCCUUGGCGCUGACAUUAAAGGUACUUCUAGCCAUUAAGUCUGCGCAAAUUGAGGAUGCCGUGGCUAACCUUUCGGUAGAUGAUAUUGACAUCUUGAUGAAGUAUAUAUAUAGAGGAUUUGAAUAUCCUUCUGAAGGAUCUAGCGGACAUCUUCUGUUAUGGCAUGAAAAAGCUUAUAACAUUGGAGGCUCAGGAUCAAUUGUAAGAGUCCUAUCAGACAGAAUGAAAGUUUAA